AUGGCUGCUGCUGAGUGCAACGACAGCAGGCUCAGACAACACGAGAUUGUGAAGGUUGGCUACAGAACGUCUGAAGAUGGGAUAGGUAGAGUAACUCCUCCAACUAACUCUGUGAUGAUGGUUCGAUUCUGUGAUUCUUGGCGUCAAGGCAGAACUUUGAAUCUCAGCGCGUAG